AUGUUCACAGCUUUCCAGUUCCAAUUGGUUAUGGGCGAUAAUAAGGAUGACGAUUCUGUUCUACAGAUUGAAGACGAAGCACCACCCCCUCAACUCCUGGACGAAGGAUACGCCACCCCACUCUUGCCAGCCACCGAUCCACCCACCAACCCCACCCACCAACCCCACCCACCAACCACACACCUAACGCGCCACGUCGCAGACGUAAAGCAUACCCGAUACAAAUUACUGACACACCACCCACGAUACUGUUCACUGCUGACAAAGGUCACGACAAAGGGACCUGGGCGAUGUUUGACAUCUCUGGCACCAAGUUUUGACACCUGGAAGACAGACCUCUACAUUGCAGCCGCCUCCGAGUAUACCACCGACCACCGGGCUACCUCUCUUUGUCUAUGA